AUGAAGAACGUAGCAUUGUUGCUUAUCGCAUUCAUCAUACUCUCAGCAUCUUUUCCUCCUCCGACAAAUGCUAUAGCUGUAGACGGCAGCAGAUCCAAGAGGAGCGGAGAAUCAUGUCUUACAAAUGCACUUCAGACUUGCUUUGACGGCAUUGCCAAAGGCAUGAUGAUGUCGACUACAUGUUGUGAGAGUCUGAAAGCGAACCAAUCAUGUCUCUGUGAUUUGAUCAAAUCCCGUUUACCCAUCGAUCGCAAUGUCAUUAACACUCAUCUCAAGUCUUGUGGUAUUCCUGACCUACAAUGUUGA